AUGCAAGCUAAACAACAUAUUGUUUUUCAAACUAAAAACAAUGAAAGAAUUUUAGAAUUUAUUAAACAAAGGAAUAAGAACUUCAAAGACUUCCCUACUAAAAUGAUAGAUUUUUGUCUUGAAAGAAAUAGGAAAGCCAUUAUUCUUGAUAAAGUAAUGGUCAAUGCUGACACUCUAUUACAAUAUCUCACAGUUGUUUCAGAUGAUAUCAAAGCUCACACUGCAAUGCAUUUUCAAAUUAUCACUGAUAUCAGAUUGGAUUGCUCUUUGGACCCCACCUGA